AUGUCAGGAAUUGCUAGUGCACGACUUGCAGAAGAACGAAAGGCUUGGAGAAAAGACCAUCCAUUUGGCUUCGUAGCAAGGCCAACCAAAAAUGCUGAUGGUUCACUUAAUUUGAUGAGUUGGGAAUGCGCUAUUCCUGGAAAAAAAUCGACUCCCUGGGAAGGUGGCCUUUACAAAUUGAGAAUGAUUUUCAAAGAUGACUAUCCUUCAAGUCCGCCAAAAUGCAAAUUUGAGCCUCCACUCUUCCACCCAAACGUUUACCCCUCAGGAACUGUGUGUCUCUCGCUAUUGGACGAGGAAAAAGAUUGGCGACCUGCAAUCACUAUCAAGCAAAUUCUUUUAGGUAUUCAGGACUUAUUGAAUGAGCCCAACGUUAAAGAUCCAGCCCAAGCAGAAGCUUACACAAUUUAUUGUCAAAACCGUUUGGAAUACGAAAAACGUGUCAGAGCACAAGCCAGAGCAAUGGCCCCACAAGAGUAA